GGGGGGUCGUCCACAGCUUCGAUCGUUUAUCCUCAGAGACGGACAUUGUAGGAUAUCCGGUCCUACCGCUCAUCAAACAACUGGUGGAACAGACACCUCCCGAACACGCCAAGUACAUCCAUUGGGGUGCCACCACUCAAGACAUAAUGGACGAUGCUUCAAUGUUACAGAUCCGGGAGGGACUCAAAAUCAUAAGGCGGGAAUUGGAACGACUCGAAAUGGUACUCGCAAAGUCGGCCGAAAAGUACAAGGAUACACCCAUGGCAGGUCGUACACACCUACAACACGCCCUACCGUGUACGUGGGGUUACAAAUGUGCCGUCUACCUGUCGUCCAUCGUCCGACACCUCCAGCGACUGACCGAAAUCGAAUCACGAACGUUGAUGGUCCAAUUCGGGGGAGCGGCGGGUACCCUCGCGUCACUCGGCCCGUCCACAGACGGCGUCAAAGUCAGGGCCGCGCUGGCAAGGGAGCUCUCCCUCGACGACCCUCCCAUAACGUGGCACGUGGCGCGGGACAACGUCGCCGAGAUCCUCAACUUUUUGGGUCUGUUGGGUGGAACCCUGGGCAAGGUCGCCUACGACCUCAUCGUCAUGUCUUCCAACGAACUGGGGGAGGUCAGUGAACCUUUUGUCCCUCACCGGGGAGCCAGCAGCACCAUGCCCCAAAAACGGAACCCGAUCAGUUCAGAGGUCAUAUUGGCGGCGAGUAAACUCCUCCGCGCCAACGCGGGCCUCGGGUUGGACGCCAUGGUCGUCGACUUUGAGAGGGCUUCGGGGCCCUGGCACCUGGAGUGGGUGGCCAUCCCCGAGGCCUUCGUCUUGGCCGUGGGAAGUCUACACCAGGCCAACUUUGCUCUGGGUGGGUUGGUGGUCAAUACGCGAGCCAUGACGAACAACCUACACUCGACAAAGGGACUGAUCGUGGGUGAGGCGGUCAUGAUGGGUCUGGCGCCGCACGUGGGCCGACAAAGGGCUCACGACAUCGUCUACGACGCCUGUCGGGUCGCGAUCGAGACGGAAACAAACUUGGUCGACGUUUUGAAACAAGACCAAGACGUCAUGAAGGCUUUGGACAACACCACCUCCAAAGUCGAAGAGUUGUGUGAUCCUCUCAAUUACCUCGGGGCGAGUCAAAUCAUGGUCGAUCGUGUUUUGGAGGAUGUGCGGUAGAGGAAGGAGUAUAAAUAAGAUACAGAUAUAAAUAUAAAAAAUCGGGGCGAGUGACUCGAGAAACAUCCAUUAUUGAUAGACGGGGCAAAUGUGAUGUUUUCUUUUUGUUGGCUCGCCGAGCGGCGUACCUAGGUUUAGCUAGGUUUAGGUAGAUUUGUAGACACAGAAUAAAGAUGGACCACUGCAUCCAUAAGACCUCGG